AAUAUACUCCAUUUCGCCCUACACACCUGUUCGCGAGGGCCAUGAAGGCGACAGAUGGGCCCCUUCGUCGAUACCAAUGCACCCCCUUCCCCGAUCGCGACCUUCUCAAGCUCUCCGAUAGCGUCCUCGCUGUUCAGCCUUGCUACUCAUCCAGCAUCCUCGCCCGCUCUACGAAACACCCGAUACGAUGCCCGACUCACCCCCACCCACCGGUCGAAUCCGUCCUCCGGAGCCACUUUCCCCGGGGAGCCAGCCCACUGUCAAACGUCCUCGUCCUCUUGCGGGGCUCGGCGGCAAGUUCUUGCUACCGCCGAGUUUCAGCGGACAAGGCAAUGCUGCCCGCGCGACAGGGACGACGACGUCGUCCUUGCGCAGCACCCCCACAGUCGCGUCGCGGGCGCCCUCCGUGGCAUCGAGCCGGGCGCCCUCGCCGGGCCUGGACUUGAGUUCACAGCAGGUCUCAGGACGAGGGCGGCAGCGCGCGGCCACAGCGACCGGUAGCGUCUCAGUCGACAAAGGCAAGCGUCGCGAUGCACGCGGUCGAUGUAUGCAGGCGCGGGCAAGCGCAGCGCCGACAUGCUGAUGCGCCUGCAGAACAGUAUGGACACGGUAUUAGCCAAAGUGGACAGUCUCGAAGAGAGGGUGAAGAAACUCACCAAUGAGAACAACCGCCUCAUCACGACGGUCGCAGAAAACCGAACGCUUUUGAAAGAGCUUCGCGUGACUGGUGACGACACGGUCGAGCGUCUUGACAACCAUGUCGAGCGCGUGGAGAACUGCCUCGAGCGGAUAGGUGACCUUGAAGACCGCGCCAUAGCCGAACAGGUAGGCCGCGCAGCUGUCGCCGCUGCGGCAGCCGCUCCGCCCAGCGAGAUUGAGGUAGUCGCCGUCGCGAGCAAAAGAGAGCUGCAGACUCGGACGUUCUUUGCUUGCCUUCGCAGCGUCCUCCAGGGCAUGAUGGGUGUUCGCAAGAAGGCCCUGUUGCCGAAGCCGAUGAAGCGGGGGUUCUGGUCGGACGAAGAUCCCCUGAGUCCUACCCGACUGCUUCGUCCACGAUGGGAAGACGGCUGGCCGACGAACCGCGAGGGAUGGGUGGCAGAUGUCGUCCAAAAGGUCAAGCGGGAUGGGCGCCGAUGGUCGACUUCGCUGUCGCAGGAGAUGCUGAACAUCCUGCCGGACGACGUGAUCGAGGACGGGCUCGAAACGUGCUUCGGUAACAUGGCCAAGAGGUACAAGGAACGACGAGACCAAACAAAGGCGACUCGGGAGGAGACGCUGAUGUACAAACGGCAGCGUCGCCGCAAGGUCAUUAAGGCCGGUGAGCGGUCCGACGUGCGAGAGCAUAUCCCCGCGCUUGUGGGGCCAGAGUGGGACUGGUUCUUCCAAUGGCAGUACCAGUCCACGGACGAGUCCGACCACAGCGGUCCGACGAGCGCGAUUGAUCCAGACACUGAGCAAGAGGGACCGGCGCUCACUGAUGCUGCGAAGGCCAAAGCGGCGCGAGUUCCUGCACGCACUCGACCCUGGAAACAGCGCGCGCCGGCCUACCGAGGAGCGACCGUCACCGCUCUCUACAAUCAAGUUGAUGCCGUAGUCUACUCUGAGCGGGCCACCGAUGACGCUGAGGCCAUCCAGGGCAACACUCACCAUGUUCGCAUUCGGGGGCCCCCUCGACCUGAUGACAAGAGCGAGCUCCCGAUCCUUCGCAAAAAUGCGCAGAAAAAGGACGGAGUGAAGAUCGAGUUGCAGAAGAUUCCUUUGGCGAUGGUUGACCCACGGUGGUUGAGCACGGAGACCGGGCGCAAGUUCCGCCAUGUACAAUACAUCGCGGACUGGAUCGCAGGUGAGACAGAUGUUGUUGUUGCCGAGGAUGAAGGAGUGGAUGACGGUGGAGACGAAGAGGAUGACGUGGAGGAGUAGAACGUAGUCGCAAGGAGUGAGCGCGGGGAGAGCGGCGUGUGUGGGAAACAUUCCUGGGGGUGGAUCAAUAAAUCAGUGUUCUGACUGG